UGCAGCUAUAUACAGUUAUGGGUAUGUAGUAUGUAGGCAGCUAUAUAUAGAUAUGGGUAUGUGCUCAGCUAUAUACAAGUAUGGGCAUGUAUUCAGGUCUGGCUGUGACAUAUGUGUCAUUGAUACUAAUGAACGGAGCGGGCCAGCCCGCACUACUUUACCUCGUGCCGUGUACUUUGGGAACGGUGCUCGUCCUCGGCUUCUUCCGGAAAGAGCUGUUGAUUCUGUGGGAUGGCGGCAAGGAUGAAGAUGCUGAUGUCGAGAAAGCCUUCAGGCAGAGGGGGACCGAUUCUGGCAACGAGGGGACCAGUUCCAUUGAGUCGUUCCCAAAGGUUGUGUAGUUUGUUCGGCCGCUGGUCCCAAAGACUGUGCAGCUUCGUUCGGACACUUGGUUCCACUUGGUCCCAAAGGUUGUGUUAGUCGCGUUCGGACUCCUGGUCCCACUUGGUCCCACUUGGUCCCAAAGGUCGUGUAAGUCUCGUUCGGCCUNCCACUUGGUCCCAAAGGUUGUGUUAGUCGCGUUCGGACUCCUGGUCCCACUUGGUCCCACUUGGUCCCAAAGGUCGUGUAAGUCUCGUUCGGCCUCUUGGUCCCACUUGGUCCCAAAGGUUGUGUUAGUUGCGUUCAGACUCCUGGUCCCACUUGGUCCCACUUGGUCCCAAAGGUUGUGUUAGUCGCGUUCGGACUCCUGGUCCCACUUGGUCCCAAAGGUUAUGUAUUUUCGUUCGGACGCUGGUGGGUAUGAUGAUGACAGUGACGAGGAUGGAGUUGACAACAGUUGGGGUCUGUUAUGAGGGGAAAGCCUCACGUUCCCUGCCGCCGCUGUGAGAGGAACACAACGAGGGAAAGCCUCGCGUCCCCUGCCGUCGCUGCGAGAGGAACGCACCGCUUGUUCCGAUUAUUGUGAGCGAGGUGAUACGAUCUGAUAUAUGUGUCAACACUGUCAAGCAUAUUCACCCAUUUUGCAAUUUGAGCAAGCGGAAGUUUUUCCACAAAGGUGGAAGUUUUUCUACAAAGGUGGAAGUUUCGUGAAAGGUGGGCGAUUCUUCAAAGCCACACAAGGUCGGGGACUCGGGAGAGUGACGAGAACAUGCUUAUGGGGAAAGCAUGCAUGUUUCCAAGGUGAUGGCGAUGGUAGGGUGCCGGCAGAGGGCAGGCCGGCUGAGCACCUUGGGCUGCGACAAAUGGCGAGGCUUGUACAGGCGCAGGUCGGCUCCGUACGGGACGAGAUUGGGCUGUGAUCGAGUGGACUAGAUCGCUAUGAAUAACGUCGGUGUGCUCAAGAAAACUGUGUAGGGAGGGAGUGUUUGCGGGUGUGUAUGUGUGUGUGUCUGUGUAUAGAAGGGGGGGGGGGGGAGAGCCCCAGUGAGAGAGUGGCGGAGAAUGAGAAGGGGUUUUGCAUGGUGGAAGAGUGUUUUUGCCCACUGUGUGUUAGUGGUAAAGGGAACGUGGACUCGUACACUGCUGCUGAUUCUACGAGUCGCCUUCCAUGAACUGUCUAGCUCUGUCUGUCAGGACCCAAAUUGCGAUAUCAUUCUGUUCUCUAGCUUUGUGAGUCUCUCUCUCUCUCUCUCUCUCUCUCUCUCUCUCUCUCUCUCUCUCUCUCUCUCUCUCUCUCUCUCUCUCUCUCUCUCUGUCUGUGCAUAUUAUUUCAUUUCCAAGUUCCGUUCUGCAUGUGUUUUCAGACUUUAUUGGUGCACGUAGGCCCAGUUUUUGUUGUACUUCUUGCUCGACGGAGUUGUAUGAUAUGACGGCAUUCUGGGCUUUAGGGCAUGAUCUAAGAUUUCAUUUCUGCAUCUCUGCAUGUUAUGACGUACAGUGUGGGGCUUUGUCGACAAUUUUAUUUUUGUAUCUGGGUCCCGUUCUUUGACAUUGCAACUGUCGGACCCUGGUCUUCUCGAAUUGCGUCUCCCUACCCACCCCCCUGGUCCCCUUUUUGACAACGACUUGACUACAGAAUGCCAGGAAACGGGCUGGGCAUCCCUCACACUGAUGGCGACCCAAUGAAGAGGCAUUCCAACG